AUGUCCUUCUCAUCCCUCGUCUCCGACAUUACCUACCGCGACAACGACCGCGAUGACCGAAGGUCGCAAGUGUCAAGAGCACGGUCGUAUGCCAGUACUGCAGCCACAAGCGUCAGCAUAUCAGGCGAGGUCUCGAGUCAAUUGCACGGAGGGUACAGUCACCCUCUUGCGCGAGCAUGGCAAGCUGAGCGGCAAUUGACCAAGGCCAUGCUCAUAUACCCCCUCUUCAUGUCCGACCGCCCCGACGAAGAAACGCUGAUCCCCUCGCUCCCAAACCAAUACCGGCGCGGCCUCAACAAACUCGUCCCCUUCCUGACGCCCCUCGUCCGCAAAGGCCUACGCUCCGUAAUCCUCUUCGGUGUGCCCCUCGCCGACGGUUCCAAAGACGCCCUCGGCACCUCCGCCGACGACCCCCAAGGCCCAGUCAUCCAAUCCAUCCGCCUCCUGCGCCGCGCCUUCCCCUCGCUCUUCAUCAUCGCCGACGUCUGCCUGUGCGAAUACACCUCCCACGGCCACUGCGGCAUCCUGCGCGACGACGGCAGCCUCAACAACACCCUCUCCGUCGACCGUAUCAGCGACGUCGCCAUGGCGUAUGCCGACGCCGGCGCGCACUGCGUAGCCCCCUCGGACAUGAACGACGGCCGCAUCCGCGCCAUCAAGCUCAAGCUCAUCGAGGCCGGCAUCGCGCACCAGGUGGUGCUGAUGUCGUACUCGGCCAAAUUCAGCGGCUGCUUGUACGGCCCCUUCCGCGACGCCGCGGGGUCCGCGCCCUCGUUUGGGGAUCGGAGGUGCUACCAGCUCCCCCCCGGCGGCCGCGGGCUGGCGCGAAGAGCGAUCCAGCGGGAUAUCCAGGAGGGCGCGGAUGUCAUUAUGGUGAAGCCGGCGAGCCAGUAUUUGGAUAUCAUUAGCGAUGCCAAGGAGAUUGGGAAGGAUUUGCCGGUUGCGGCAUAUCAGGUCUCGGGGGAGUUUGCGAUGAUUCAUGCGGCGGCGAAGGCGGGCGUGUUUGAUCUGAAGACGAUGGCUUUUGAGGCUACCGAGGGGAUAUUGAGGGCCGGGGCGAGUAUCGUGGUUAGUUAUUUUACGCCGGAGUUUUUGGAUUGGUUAGGGAAUUAG